AGGACACGCAUACUCAUGUUGUGUUUUCUGAGAGGUCAUUCUUCACCUUAUAAAUAUCAUAAUCGGCGCUUCUUUGGUUAUAUCUCAGUGAUACAAGCAAGCAAUCAUGUCUGGUCGCGGUAAAGGAGGCAAAGGUCUAGGGAAAGGAGGCGCCAAGCGUCAUCGAAAGAUCCUUCGUGACAACAUCCAAGGCAUCACCAAGCCAGCCAUCCGUCGUCUUGCUCGUCGUGGCGGUGUCAAGCGAAUCUCUGGCCUGAUCUACGAGGAGACUCGUGGCGUUCUCAAAGUUUUCCUUGAGAACGUGAUCCGUGAUGCUGUGACUUACACCGAGCACGCCAAGAGAAAGACUGUGACAGCCAUGGAUGUGGUGUACGCUCUGAAACGACAAGGCCGUACUCUGUACGGAUUUGGCGGUUAAACUGCAGAGUCUUCCAACACAAACAAACGGCUCCUUUAGGAGCCACCAAAUCUCUCAAAAGUCAUGAACAAUAAAAUGUUUCGUUAUGAUUCAUGAUAUAAGCAGCAAGAUAUUACAAACACUAAUGCAGUAGUAUAGCGCGCUGAAGGCAACGUACAGUAUCCACGAUCCAAACAGUGACUCUUGUUCUUCAGAGCGCGCGCGCUUAAGGAAGCCGCCUAAUAAUGUUCACUGCUCGAAUAUUCCACCAACAUUCUGCGAUAUCCCUUCAGUCGAAAAAUGAGUGAGCUUUCAAUUUGUUCAUGCGAGGUUUUGGCGCCAUUUCUGUUACGGUCGAUCUUAAAUUGCUCGUGCGCACAGUUGCAGUUCUCAUUUUUUUCGAAUUUUAGACAAGGGCUUGUCCAAGGUUUCUCACAAUUCUUUCUUGAUUUUUGGCCAUUAACUAAUGUGCACGCAUAUAUCUUUUGCACGAAAGUCCAUAGCAUAAAUUGCGCACGGUCAAAAAGAAAAGUUCGAUUUAUAUUUGCGCAGAUCUCGCGCGUUUAAAAGCGUUUGCUCAUAUUGCAGACAAAAAGACAGGCAGAUAAGCAACUUAGUGCAUUGUAAAUACAAGAUUUCAACAAACCGAGUACCAUGUUUCAGUUUGAAUUAAGACAAGCCCGAGUAUGUCCUUUAAUUUCAGUCCAAUAAUAGGUGAGCUUUAUUGUUUAUUCAUGCGAGGUUUUGGCGCCUUUUCUGUAACGGUCGACCUACUUUGCUCGCGCGCACAACUUGGACGAUUCGCAGUUCUGAAUUUGAUUUGCUAAAAGGGCUUGCAUACAAGAAGGCUUCUCGUAAUUCUUUCUUCGUUUUUGCAAGCUCAACUAAAAGCGCUUUCGAAGAUGUGCCAGACGGACCGUGUGUAGUUGUAGCGCGUGUUUAUUUAGAAGUGCGAUUUACAUAUCGGCGCGCAAGAUUACAACGUUUGCGCAAUAAUGCAGACAAACGGACCGAUACGUAGGAAAUAUUUUUAAUUUCAUAGUAAAUACUGGAUUUCAACAAACCGAGAGUAUAAUGUCUCAGUUUCAAUAAAGAAACAGAAAUAGUGCAGGGCUUUGGAUUUUCAUAGCUCAAUGAAAGUAGAACCGAUUU